UGAGCAAUCGGUCCAUAAAAAAGCCCAAAAAAUUCCAAUCCAACCAAAAGAGUACUUACCAAAAUCGCGCCAAAUAGAGAGAUUUUGCAAAAUCCAAUAUUGCUCACCUUUAUAGUUAGUUAUCUUAGAACCAAAAAUUUUCUCACAAAAAAAAAAAACAGUAUUCAAAAAGAAAGAAAUGGUUAUGGAUGUUAACAAAGAAAUGAAUGCUGCAUUUGCGAAGGCGGAGAAGGAGAUGGAUGAGGUUGACGAAAUGCUGGUGGGUCGACGAUUUACGAAAGCGAAUAGCAAGCGUGGAAGUGGAAUUAACCAGGUGUUGAAGUCUGCAGUUGAUACUGUUGUGAAAAAGGAGAGCAUGUCUUCAGUUGAUACCGUCGUGAAAAAGGAAGAUGAAAAAUGUGAUUCACAGAAUAAGCCUUCCAAUUUUUCCAGCGUACUCAUGGAUGACAAGAUUUCUCAAAGUGCUGGAAUAGUAGAAGGACAGCUUUGUCGUACUCAGAUGGAUUUUGAUCAUUCUCGUGAACUUCGUGGGAAAAGGAAAGUUAGUUCUCCUAUAUCGGACCUUCUACAUGUCAAGGCUGAACCUGUGGAUAACAAUAUGGUUGAAACUGCUGUGAAGAAUGAACCGGAUAGUUUGCCCCAUAGUAGCAUGGUUCAGGUGAAAAGUAAUCAUGGAAUUACCUAUGAGCUUUCUGAAGAUGAACUGGAUGAUAUGGUGCUAUCAGAGCGAAAGAAGCUGUACUCUACGAGAUGGGAUCCUUCAUAUAAUUUCGGUAGAGUUGUAGAGUGCUCAAUCCAAAUAGUUUCCUCAGUCUCUGAUUGCAUACCCACUUCAUCUGCGCAUGCUAAGCCACUAAAAGUUUACCCGCCACGGAAACGAAGAAAAACUGUCACAGAUUCGGUUCAAACAGCAAUGGAGGAAGAUGCUCCGGGACUCUUGAAGGUAUUACUUGCAAAAGGCGUAAAUGUCGAUGAGAUUAAGCUUUAUGGGGAAAGUGAGAGGGAUGAGCCUCUUGAUGAUUUGUCCACUGAAGACAGCUUCUCAGAGCUUCAAGCUGUUAUAUCUAAGCUUUUCUCCUCCCAACGACAGUCAUUGUUAAAGCUAGCUCCACUCCAGUGUACAAGAGCUGAAAAAGUUAGCUAUUGUUUGGCUUGUCUGUUUUCUCUCAUUGAGCAGGCACGGUAUCUACAAUCCCGAAAGUGGCCUGUUGAAUGGGGCUGGUGCCGAGAUCUCCAGUCAUUUAUUUUUGUCUUUGAAAGGCAUAACAGGAUUGUGCUUGAGCGUCCUGAAUAUGGUUAUGCAACAUACUUCUUUGAACUAGUGGAUUCUUCCCCUAUUGAUUGGCAAAUCAGGCGAUUGGUAAUUGCUAUGAAGCUUACUAGCUGUAGCAGAGCCACCCUGAUCGAGAAUAGAACACUCACGGUCGGAAAAGAUCUUAGCGAAGGAGAGGCAAAAGUGUUAAAAUCAUAUGGUUGGGUGCCUAACACCGCGCUGGGAACAAUGCUUAAGUAUUAUGAUAGAGUUUAUCAUGACAGAGUAUCGGAGAAACAAAGCGUGGAAUGGAAAUCAAAAAUUGGGAAGUUGCUUAUUGCUGGAAUCACUGGCGGUAUCAUAGUUGAAAAAGAUGAGGAAAACGUUGCUCAGAGUUGCCCCGAAAUCAAGUUAGAGCUCGAGUAAAUCAUCGCUUCAGUUGUCGAAAAUCUUGUAAAUGCUCAUCCUUUGUAAACUAGGCUUAAAAUGUUUUUGUUGUACAGAUUUCUGGCUUUGUUAGGCAGGCUGUCUAAAGUCUAAACUUAGUUUUUAUUAUAAAAAGGAGACAAAUUGCAGACUUUUUGCAGGACA